ACUAACAAGGGGGAUGAGCUCUCAAACCGCAUCCAGAAUACGCUGGGUAACUAUGAUGAAAUGAAAGACUUGUUAACUGACCGAUCAAACCAGAGCCACCUUGUUGGGGUUCCAAAACCUGGGGUUCCUCAGACGUCUCUUCCCAAGCCCGAUGAACGUCUUAUUGCAGACUCAAGACCACCACCUCCUCCUCCCAUUUCCAGUACUACUUCUUCCACACCAGCAGCCCUACCUGCACAGCAGAGCAAAAGCGCCACGAUGGGUUGGCAGAAGGCCGGGCACAAUGCUGCUUCAGAUGGCCAGCAGAGAGCAAGCAAGCACGGGCACCGGUCACUGGAGUCACACAAGGGUGACUUCAAACUGAUGAACCAAAAAUCCAGUCUGGAGAAACUAAAACGCUAUGCAUCAAGUCCCACCUCCUCCUCCUCCAACACUGCCCAGCAAAGCUCAAUGAGGGCCACGCUAGGAGACAAUGUCAACAGAGUGCAGCAGCCGGCAAAGCUCAACUGUAGCUCAGAAGGAGGAGCUCAAGGGCAAGAGAGGCCAGCAAAGCAUGGUGGCGGGCACUGCGUCCAAACCUUCCCGCCCUCUCUUGCUUCGAAGCCGAGUCUGGUUCAGCAGAAACCGACAGCUUAUGUAAGGCCAAUGGACGGUCAAGACCAGGCUCCUGAUGAGUCUCCAAAGCUGAAGUUACCAGCAGAGACGACCAAGUCAUAUAGGGAAGUGCCUUCUAACAAGCCUGAUUCGGCCAGGACGAAGUCAAAGAUAACCAAGUUCAGCAUUCCUAAGCAAGAAGAGUUACUGCAUCUUUUACUACACUACUGUAAUCUCUUCCAUUCAGGAGUUUCAAAGCGCUUCGUAAGCAUUAAUGGCAACUCUGAAAAGAUCGUAUUAAAUCUGGUUCCAGAGGAGUUAGCCGAGGUGCGGGCAGAUGGGGAUGCCAGCAGCGGCGCCACCGGGCAGGCGUGCUCGCCAUGGCCGCGCUUGCUGGUGGUCCGGUCUGAGGAACCAGCUGGAGAACGAUGCGGGAGACUGGGGCAGAGGACAGAGUGGCACACCUUCUUCUGUCCCCAGACCGCGGCUGGGCACGCUGGCGGCUGGCCACAGGUCCGGAGCAAGAACAGCCAGGGUGGAUCGGCGUCAAAGCAGAGAGCAAAACUGAGGAGGCCGAGCUCCCAGUUCUGGGCUCGGAUAUUUGUGCUGCAGCUCACCACAUAG